AUGACGAGGUUUGCGGCGCCGUCACCGACUUUGGGAAAACGUUUUUGCAAAGAGACGCAAGACACAGCAGCGUCCGGUCAGAAAAAGGAGGUGACAUCGACUGUGGCGAAGAAAGAGGUAUAUGGUGGGGGGCCAUUUCUCCCAUACAACACUUUGAAGCAGGGAGUGCGGGUGUCGUUGCCGCGAGCGGUAGGGCCUGCCGUGAACCUCAACAACGUUGUGGUUGAAGAAAAACGCCACGCACUGCUCUUCGACCCAGAAUCUGUAACACAGGGAAAUAAGGGCUCUAAGGGUGGCAAAAGGGAGAAAGCCAAAGCUACGAAGAAUAAAUAUGCUGGUAAAGUGAGUAUAUUGUUCGGCACACCGCCAAGGAAGGGGAAGGAGAAGCUGCGGUCAAAGGUAUCCAAAACGAAACUCAGCAGGGCUACACUUUGCGAAUCCAUUGAUGCGAAUGUAACAGCGGAACAGGACGAAGUUGACCAUCGCAGCAGCAGCAACAACAAAAGCACUGAACCUUUGCUGCAUCGGAAAGCAUCGGAAAUUAAAAACACAUCUGGUGUGAUGCUCAUUAUGACACAUGAUAUCUCCGAGCUCCAGAUGGAUGGGGUGUGCCAUGGAAAAGCAUCUGCGCAUGUCACGCCUUUGCGUGUUUUACCUGGCUCUGCUGACCACUUAGGGGACAUUACUAGUCGUAGUGAUGGAUAUCUGCAUAACAAAAACGCCUCGGGUGAUAGUUGCCACAUGACUGAGAACACUUUUGCUAUGAAGGAGGAGGAUACACCGGAGAAGCCACUCUCAAUGCGGUACUCCGUUAUGCCCCCCCUAACCGUUCCGAGGAAUGGACGAAAGCAUUGCGCGGAACAGCAGGAUAUGGCGUCAAAAUAUUCCCCUACCGCUACGUCGCGUGCACCAUCCGCACCUUCUGUAAGUUUGGGCUCUGGAGUUCCAUCGGCUGCCAAUUCAGAUGGGAAAACAGCUGCCAGGCGAAGUGCACAUUCGUCUCUUGAGGAAGCUUUAGGUGGAUUGCUGCCAAAUAACUUUUUGUACCCGACUCGACAACUUCUUACUCGAAGUUUGGCGUCAGUGGCUGAAAAGGAACGUACCGCGACAAUUGUUUUUGACCUUGAUGAAACAUUGUGUAACAAUCGUCAAAAUGGUCCAGCAAUACUUCGUCCUGGCGCUGUUGAGAUGUUGAGGCACCUUAGAUCUCUGUACCCCCAUCCGGUACUGCACACGGGUGAAACAUCAAUGGAGUCCAUCGUUACAAGGUCUUCCACACAGGGAGUGGCAAGUGGAAAAGGCGUCAGUACCAGAAAUGGUAGUGCAUCGGCAACUGAAACCUCACCAGAGGACGGUGUUAUGUUGCGACUGGAGAUAAUAAUCUGGACAGCAAGCGUAGAGGUGGUCGCUAGGCCUGUGAUUGCCCGCUUAGACCCUGACGGCACCAUUCUCGACGAUGUCAUUUAUCGUGAUGUGCGUUGGUACCGUGACGGCGGGUAUACGAAAGAUCUACGCCGUAUUGGACGUCAUCUGGAACGCAACAUUAUUGUGGAAAAUGCACCUCUGUGUGUUCGUAUGAAUCGACGCAAUGCCAUUCUUGUGAAUGACUUUGUCAACAAUCCAGCUGACCGGCAACUCGUCAUUGUCCGUGCCAUUUUGCAGGAAUGGCUUUGUAAUGUUAACACACUGCUAGUAUAUUGGAAUUUUUGUCAGGUUGAACAGAAGCGCCACCGUAUGAUACAAGAUGGCGGGGAGAGUCCUGAGCCUGACCAGCCUUUAAAUACUUCUCUUACUCGAGCGGAUUCAACAAAUAGCUUCGCUUUGAGAAGCAAGGCAGAGGCAUCUCUUGCUUCAUCCUCGUAUGACGGGGCCGCUGUAUUACAGGAGAUGGAGCAGAGGGCUUCCGCGAUUCACUUCCUCACGAAUCAUCCAUUUAUUUCACCGGGGACGCGAUACGUGAAGCCAUCGGCCUGGAAAAAGGCUGCGAGGUAUCUUAAUGGCGGCACUAGCGCCACCACAAUGACCAAAUCUUUGAUAGCAACACCAGCAGCGUUACCAGGAGGAAAUGCUGGGGGACGAAGCUUGCAGGAACAGUUACCUACCACUCUGGCUCGUCCAGUGGUUAUUGCGAAACCGCGGGGGCACCGCUCGUUUGUGAAUAUGGCGCGUGGGCCCCGUGAAGCACACCAGUGA